GCACGCGCGGGGCGCCUGAUAGUGGGGAGGCGUGCGAGCUGCCCAGCUGGAGACCUCCUGGAGCGACAUCAUCCUGGAAAAAAACCUGCAGGACCUCAAAACUCAGCCUGGGGCAUCUUUACUUACUGCGUGCUUUCGACGCAUUUCCGAGGAGACCUGCCUGCAUGAGCGGGACCCAUGGGUCCCCUCCCCGAGUCCGCCUGACCGCCGGGGACCGCUCAUAAUCAGGCCUAGCCAUUCACCUUUCCCUUCAGAAUCGUCCUGGCCCUGGGGCAGGCCUUAACACAUCUGAGCGGGGCUGCACCUGACUAGUUGUGGACAGCUUGUGUGCGGUGUAUGUGUCCUGAUCGUGGGCACACCUGUCUGCUCGUGCCCCAGGGUGCAGGCUGCUGUUCUAGCUCUCAGCGCUCAGGUUCCCCGGGCUCCAGUUCAGGCACCAGUCCCUGUACAGGCUCCACUCCCACCCCCACCACACCUUGAACAUGGCAGUGAGGGCAGAAGCGCAGCCCCUACAGGGCCAAUUGGCGAAAAUAAGUAAAGGCAGUAGAUAUGUUGGGAACAAUUCGGUAUGUGGGCAUGCGUGGCCACAGCAUGUGGAUGAAUUCGGUGCAGAUCUCUACUUGCGUGUGUUGGUGGACAUGGGUACCAGUCAGAUCACCUGUGCUCGUGUUUCAGGUGGACAUACAUGACGACUCUGCAUACGUUUCUGUAUCUCCGCGUGUACCUUUGCUCAUUCUGUGGGACAUCCUCCAGCAGCCCACAUACACCUGGGGAGAGUGCUCAGACUUGGCAGAGCAAGCGAAACUCAGUGGGUAGCCUCUGGACAGGGCAGCCCCCAGCCCACCCUAGCACUUCUCAGCGGCGUCCUGGAACAAACACAUCCCUCCUGCCUGCUGCAGCCUCCUUGGAGCUUCUCUCUCCUCCCCAUUCCCAGCCAACCCCCUUUUGGUGCCACAUCCUGAGCACUGAGUCAGAUUCUGGGGCUACAGAGGGAAGGGGAGAGACCCUGGCUGUCUUCCUGGAGUUCACAUUGUGGUGGGGGUUAAGAGAGGGUCUAGGGGAGCAAGUGCCCAUUUGAGGAGAGAUCUCUGGAUAGGUGUGGAGAAUGCGUAAAUAAAGGAGUGAGUCGGUAAUCUGAGGUAGGAGAAUGAAGGGAAGUGGUUGCAAGGCAUCGGUCUGGCCUUUGACCUGGGCUCCGGUGGACAGAAGAUCCCAGGAGCAGGUAGGAUACUCCCCUCCUACCCCUUCCUUCCCCGCGCGAAAGAUCGCAUCUUUAUUUCCCUGCCUCAGAAGCCCCUUCAGACGUCUGGAUCCCGUAUAGGUGCACAGAAUCACUGUUCCUUGAAGCCAUGCCCAGGUGCCUAAGGUCGUCCCUUACCCUGGCAGACACCCUUUGCAUACGCAGACCUGCGCGCCGCCGACACACCUCGGAGCUCCCGGAGCGCGCCCAGCACUCAGGGCUCAGAGGCAGGUGCCUCGCCGCGCAGACUCGCCGGGCGCGGGGACCGGCUCGGGCGCGGGGCCGGCUGGGGCGGGGCAGCGGCGCGCGUUCCCCGCCGGCCACACGGGCCGCCUUGCGCCCGGCGAGGGGCGUGUGCACGGGCCCGGGAUCCUUGGGCCCCAUGUUCACGGAGCUAAGGACCAAGCUGAGCCCCCCGCGAGGCCGCGCCGGGGCUGUGCGCGCCGGCUUCGGGGAGCGCCGGGAUGUGGACGCCACGGCACACUUCAGCUUCUGCCGAACCCUCCUGGAUCACACAGUGUCCACUGAGAGCAUCCCUUGUCACCUGCCUCGGACGCCAGGCACCAGCCUCACGUGGCACGACUCCCGUAGCCAGAGGGCCGCUGGCGGCCGGCCAGUCAAGCUCCUGCAGCAGCCUGGCACAGAGGCCCCCCAGGGCCGGCUAUACUCCGACCACUAUGGUCUGUACCACACAAGUCCCUCACUGGGUGGCCUGACGAGGCCUGUGGUUCUGUGGAGUCAGCAGGACGUCUGCAAGUGGCUCAAGAAGCACUGUCCCCACAACUACCUCGUCUACGUGGAGGCCUUCUCCCAGCACGCCAUCACAGGCCGGGCGCUGCUCAGGCUGAAUGGGGAGAAACUGCAGCGGAUGGGGCUGGCACAGGAGGCGCAGCGGCAGGAGGUGCUGCAGCAGGUGCUGCGCCUGCAGGUGCGCGAGGAGGGGCGGAGCCUGCAGCUGCUGAGCCAAGCCUCCUUUGGAAACAUGUCCUAGCUGCUGCCUGAGGCUUGAACCCCAGACCCCAGCACUGUGACCGGAGCCUGUGGCAAGGAUGAUGCAUAGCUGGCACACAGCCCCUCUCGGACCCUGCAGGAGGCCCGAGGGGCUGAGCCCAGCCCGAUGGACAGGUGGGACCAGGAUUGCCAUCUCUGGCUGUGCAUUCUGGGCCGUUGAGCAGGUGCGGGCUGCUUGGGUGUGGCCCUUCCUUGCAGGACCUGAGCCCAAAUGCACCCUCUGGUGCUGCUGGCAGCGUGUGGGGCAGCUACGUGGAGCCAGAGCAGGGUCUGGUUAUCCCCCUAGACUCCCGGGGAGUCCGUUUAUUUAUAUUCCCUUCACCCACACUGAUGCCUGUGCCCCUGUUGCCUGCUGAAUCAUGCUUCCUUUGAGCAUCCUGCCCUCCCCCAGGGCAAGAGGUCUGUCUGUCUGCCCAUUUGUCCAGUUCUACACCCUCACCCAGCAUCUAGAGGACAGGCGGAAUAAGCUGUGGAAGCUCCCUCUGGCGAGUGCCCUCCCCUACCCCACCCGGAUAAUCAGCAGCAGCCGCAUCCCCAGGCACACCAUGCCAAGUGCGUGCCCUCGUGAUUUCUGAAACCCUCGCCACGCCCCCAUCUGUUCCCGGGAACUGUGGCAAGAGAGGUCUGGGGGUUGCUCAGGCGCCCAAGACCUAACCCAGCACUAUGAGCACCCUAUGACGGGGAUCAGACCCAGCUGUCUCCUGGCCUUGGGUUUGGGUGUCCCCCCUCCUCCCACGGUUGCGGAGGCUGCCUCUGAGGGACUGUUGUGGGCAUGUAUUCUCACUGCUCCUCUCCCAAGAAAAUGUGAAUUCACACAAGAGACUGUCCUGAGGGCUGUGCCCCCGACCCCUGCCCACCAGAGACCCAGCCAGCACCUGAGCAACCACUCUGUGAGCCAGAGGGCCCAAGGUUUGGGACUGGUGCUGCCCAGCAGAGGGACAGUGAGGGCAGUCCUGGUAGCCCCCACCUUCUUGUUCCUCUGCCUGCCCACUCCCCUAGGGAGCCCUGAAAAUCUCAGGGAUUGAGGCUGAGCCUCCAGCCUCCUCUCUGUGCCCCAAGCCGGCCUCCAGAUGGGAAGUGGCUUGUUGCAGGUCCCGAGUGGGAUUUGGAUAACUGGCCUGGUGCCCCCUAUCCCGCGGGCCCCAGUAGGAAGCCCCCUCGUCCUUUCUGGCCACCCUGAUUGCCACAGCCUGCCUUGUGCCAUCACAACGUUGUCUUCUCCAGGGGGCCCUUCCUAUCACUGUCGCAGUCUUUUCCCUCCUUUGUCUUGCCCCCCACCCUGCCAUGCUUGUCUUGUCUUCUUUGUUUUGCGCUUUUUUAUAUUCUGACAAAGACCAGAAAUAAACCUGGUUCUCAACU